UUCAGUGCCCAUAUUCGAAACAUCCGGACUUUGGGAAUGUCUGUGCACGUGCAAUACAGGGAUGCUGAAGCGCGAGAGCCUCUUCUCAGUCGUUGCUCAGAUGAGCUGCAGGAAGAAGACUCGGAUGAAGGUGUAAUAAUUUUUGAAAGGAGCGCUACAAGUUCCAAAACUGUGAGCGGACAGAAGAAAUUAAAAUAUGAGGAAGCAGUGGAGCAAGCAGGUUUUGGUAUCUUCCACUAUGCAUUGUUGGUGGUUUGUGGCUGGGCUAAUGCCAGCGACGCUGUGGAGAUUCUCUGUGUUUCUUUUCUGCUGCCGACGGCACGCUGCGAUCUGAGGCUGAACUCUUCAGACAUGGGCCUUCUGACUGCCAGCAUUUUUCUAGGAAUGAUGUUUGGCGGCUACAUCUGGGGUUACUUGGCUGACAAGAAGGGACGCCGCAGGAUUUUGGUUCUGUCCCUCACCAUCAAUGGGAUAUUUGGAGGUCUGUCCAGUAUAGCUCCGUGGUUCUCCAUGUUCUUGGUGCUGCGAUUCAUCAGUGGCAUCGGGGUCGGUGGUUCGAUACCUGUUAUUUUCUCAUACUUCUCAGAGUUCAUGCCCAGAAUGAAGCGAGGCACGAUGAUCAGCGCUCUAGCCACCUUCUGGAUGGCAGGAAACAUUGUGGCUGCAGGUCUGGCCUGGUUGGUGAUUCCAAGAAACUGGGCAGAUUUUUUAGGAACCAUAGACUUUCAAGGCUGGAGACUGUUUGUGAUGCUGUGCUCCGUUCCCAGCCUCACCUCAGCACUCUUCUUCCUGCUGCUUCUGCCUGAGAGCCCCAAGUUCCUCAUGGAGGCUGGACGAGAGAAAGAGGCGCUCCAUGUCUUCAAAAAGAUGUUUGAGAUGAACAUGUGGGGGAAAGAAAAGAAUUUUACGGUCCUUGGUUUGUGUACUGGCCCCAAGCAACAUCCAGAAGACACCGAAUUUUGGAGCAAAGGAGGAUGGUCUACGGCUUUCAAAAAGGUCUUAAAUCCCAUUGAGCAGAUGUUUCAGGGAUCACUCAAAGUCAGAAGUUUUGUUCUGCUCAUCAUUUUCUACUGCAUCUCCUUCGGUUACUACGGGCUGUGGAUGUGGUUCCCAGAGCUGUUUGCAAGACUUGAGAGUGGUGGCUCACCCUGCAGGAACAUGACACUCUUACGUCCACUGCAGAACCAAAGCUGCUACCCAGUGAAGACAGCAGUUUACAUGGAGGGCUUCAUCAUCGCUGCAUCAAACUUACCAGGAAACCUCUUCACCAUCCUGAUGAUGGACAGCACGGGAGGAAAGGUUCUGCUCUCCAGCAGCCUGCUGGUUUCCAGUCUAAGCGUCUUCCUCAUCUAUGUGGUCCAGACCAAGUACCAGAGUCUGAUUCUGUCCUGUGUCUUCAGUGGUGUGUCGGUGGUCGCCUGGAACGCUUUGGACGUGGUGGGAACAGAGCUCUAUCCUACACAGCUCAGGUCUUCUGCUCUCGGCUUCUUCACAGGUGUGGGCCGGGUGGCGGCAAUCAUGGGUAACGUAGUCUUUGGAAAGCUAGUGGAUACAAACUGUUCAGUGCCGAUCCUGCUUGUAGCAACGUUCCUGCUGACUGGAGGACUCAUGGCUCUUCUGCUUCCAAAAACUAAACAGACUGAGCUCACCUGAUCACUCCGACUCUAACUCAGAACAAUCAAGCUGGAUAUAUCAUAAGCUGUCAUCGUCUUAAUGUCCUGAUGGAACAGACUGGAGGAUUGCUGCCUUCAUUACUCUUGCUUCUGCUCACAGCUGUGCCUUCUUUACUCGCUCCAUGCAUUUUGACAGUGCCUUAUUAUAAAAGCCAACAGUAAGUGAAGUUGUCAAAAGGCAGCUAGCAUUCUCUUCAACUUCAACUUAUAAGUCAGGAGAGGGUGGAGAAAAGGAAAUGCAGUUGCAGUACUGUAUUACAUGUUGAGCGCAAGGUUUAAAAACAUGAGCUGAAGCAGCUUGUCAAAGCUUCAAGAUUUAAGGACACCUCUUAAACUCCACAACAAUCUGAUUUUUAAGAGUACAAGUGCAAUUGAAAACUAUUUUUAUUGUAUAUUUAUUAUAUAUAAAGUGCUUGUAAAAGGGUCCAGUAUGGGGGGUGGUGUCUUAAAUAAGAGACCAGUGUGGACCCUAGUUUCAAAUGCAAAAAUCAUUCCAGAACUUUCUUGUAAUUUUUCUUUCUCUUCAUAAUUUAUUAUUUAAACUGGGGCAAUAUGUGAGGAUUACUUCAUAAUCUGUUUAGCUGCUGUUUAUUUUCACAAUCAGUUCAUUGUUUCAUCAAAAAUGUCCAACAACUGAGAAAACUUCGCAUUACUACUUUAAUCUCCAUGAAACCUUGAAAGUACUUCUUUCUUGUAAUUAAAAGUCAAAAACCCAAAGAUUUGUGAUCAUAUGUGUCAAAUUUUAAACCAGUAUGUUAUGGAGCUGUUAACUGCAGUUGUUUACAUUUUGCUUAAAAAUGACUGAAACAAUUCUUCAAUAAUCAAAAAGGCUGAUUAUUAAUUUUGUUUGGAUUCAUUUUUCAACAUAAAUUACUGCUUCAAUGUUAGCCACAUUUUAAAACUACAUUUUCUUUUUUUGAUUUAAAUAAAUCUCUUGUUCAUGUCUAAAUUUUUGCAACUCACUAUCGUUUGGUCUCACAUUUGUGUAAUUCUUUACUCGAGCUUCUAUUUUCCUCCACAUACCACCUCACUUCAUCAUUCCAUCACAUUACUGAUCUGUUUAUUGAUGUAUAUGAUGAAAAAAAAAACUUGAACACUAGCCUAAAAGGCUCCUAUUCUUGUGGAUUGUAUGAAGGUGCUGUCUACAGGUGCAUCUUGAAAUACGCUGUGACUAAUAAAGAUUUUUUUUUUUUGAAUAAACACUACUUUUAUUCA